CUCGCUCGCUCUCCUCUUCCUCCCUCCUCGCACCACCAAGCUCAGCUCUGCUCUGCUCCGCAAUUUGCUCGAAAGUCACCUACUCAGACAUACCAUGGCGCCAUCAGUGGCCUGCUCCUUCUUCUUCGACAACGAGCUGCUCGGCGAGCCCGGCAUGCCGGCGAUGGACACGUGCGCGCUCUGCGCCAAGCCGCUGGCGCGCGACAGCGACGUCUUCAUGUACAGAGGGGACACGCCCUACUGCAGCGACGAGUGCCGCGACGAGCAGAUGCACCUCGACGCCGUCUGCGCCAAGCAGGCCGCGCGGAGGCAGCAGCGGUUCUCGGCGGGGACGGAGUCCCACCGUCGGCAGCGGCAGUCCAGGAACGUGUCGGUCGCAAGCUAACCGGCUGGCCGCUAAAAGUUUUGCUUGGAUCGACAAGAUCUAAAUUCAGAAGAAUACAACAUCUGUUCCUUCAAAAAAGAAUACAGCGUCUGUAUUCUGAAGAAUCGUCGUCGUCUCCGUCUCUCCGGCCGGUGCUCUAGCCUGGUGCGGUGGAGGCACCGGAGGCAGCUUGGCGCCGCCUACAGGAGGCAAGGCAGGGCAGCCGGCAGCAGCAUCAGGCGGCACGAAGCAUGUGUCCAUGGCAAGCUAUUUAGGCUGCCCAGAUGGGAGGAAAUUGUACUUGUUCUCGGUCGAAAACAGAAAAGUAAUCGCCAUGGAUCUGAUGAGAGCAAUCAAACAUGAUUAACAUUUUGUUUUAA